UUCUCCCCUUUUAGACCUCCUCUCACAUCUCAUUGACUGCGCAAACAACAAGCCCCUCAAAUUUAAAGCAAGAAGAGCCUCCUGUGUCUGGAUCAGUUGUGUGGUUUUAGUUUUGCUGAUCUUACAUUGACAGUUAACUACUCCUGCAGUAAAAUGGUGUCUCUGUUAAUGCCAUACAUCAGUGUUCUUCUGCUGCUUCAGUUCGGCCCACAACUACUGUAUGGAGAUGAAUCUCAGAACUGUGGACCUAAAGGAGAGAAGGGAGAACGAGGAGUGCAGGGACCACCUGGUAAUGCAGGACCACCUGGACCACAAGGAUCUAAAGGAGAUACAGGGCUUUCUGGAGGCGACGUCAUGUCCAAGCCAAAUGCAAAUGUGGCCAUGAUUCCCACUGGACCUAAAGGAGAGAAGGGGGAUCCAGGCUUUCCUGGUCCAGCUGGUAGGCCUGGCUAUCCUGGCAUACCUGGACUUCCUGGCUCAAAGGGGGAUCCAGGCUUUCCUGGCAUUCCUGGUCCAGUCGGUAGGCCUGGCUUUCCUGGACCUUCUGGCCCGAAGGGGCAACAAGGGAGUCCUGGAAGUGACGUCACGUCCCUACAAUCUCAGAUGCAUGAUCUCUCUGCUAAGAUUGCCAUGAUAGAGAAAGUUGCUAGUUUUGAUGCAUUCAGAAAGGUUGGACAGAAAUAUUUUGUUUAUGAUGGCUUUGUAGAAAGCAUUGAUAAGGGGAUUCAAUACUGCAAAGAAUUUGGUGGAGCAAUUGCUUUGCCAAGAAAUGCUGAUGAAAAUAAGGCUUUGGUAAAAGUAUCAGUGGCCAGUGGUUUAGAUGAUCUAAACAGGUAUCCAUAUAUUGGAGCCACAGACAGAGAUAAAGAAGGACAGUUUGUAGACAUUAAUGGAAAACCCUUGACUUUUACCAACUGGGAUUCAGGUCAGCCUGAUGAUUAUAAAAGUGUACAAGACUGUAGUGUUCUCAGAGUGGGGACUGGUUUUUGGGAUGAUACUGACUGUGAUAAACGUCCUAUCAUAUGUGAAAUAGAAAUCAAAUAAUGUGCCUCAUUCAGGAUAUAAGUAACUAAACAAAUUUGUGGUAUUAUUACACAAUUAGAAAUCUGUCUGUCAACAAUUCUACCAUGAAUAACAUUACAGUUAAAUAAUCAAGUACUAACUCUCAAUUAUUCAUUAUAAAAUUGUAUUACCAGUUUAAUUAAAGAGAUGUUAUGUUCGUGUGAGAUUUUUAUAAUAGUCAAACAAAAUAAAAGCCUCAUAAUAGCCGGCUUCACA